AUGGUCAAUUACAAAACGUGGUUGAAGGAGCUCAACGAUGACACCAAAUUGGGCAAGCUCUCUAUCCCAGGCACCCACAACUCGGCCGCGUGCCACACGGCGUUGCCCAGCGUCCAGUGCCAGGGGGAGUCGGUGACGAAGCAGUUGGAGCACGGCGUGCGCUUUUUGGACGUGAGAGUGGGUAAGUACCCCUUGAAGUCGGGCGACGAGGCCAACGAAUUGACGGUUGUUCACGGAAAGUUCCCCGUGAGAAUUCCGUUCCCAAAGAAGUUCCAGGACACUUUGGACGAGGUGUUUGACUUUCUCAAGGACAACAGCUCGGAAACGGUAAUUCUCUCGGUCAAGCAGGAAGGCACUGGUGAAUGGAACAACGACAAGGACGAGUUUGGCAACGUAAUCUGGGAUAAGUACGUGAAGCCCAACAAGGACAAGUUUUACUUGGGCACUGACUUGCCUCGUUUGGGAGACGCCAGAGGCAAGGUGAUUCUUUUCAGAAGAUUCGGCGACAACAACGAGGGUAGAAGAAAUGAAUUUGGCUUUGACGCCCACACGUGGAAGUACAACUGUACGGAGGACGAUAGAGGCCCCUUUUGCGUUCAGGACUUCUGUGAGAUUGAAAAAGCCAACGAUGUGCCUAAGAAGGUAGAGUACGUGAAGAACUUGGCCAAGAAGGCCAGCGAGUACAACAGAAGCAACGACGACGGCAAGCUCUUCAUUAAUUUCUGCUCGGGCUCCAAUUUCUUUGACCACGAGUGCUGGCCCCAGCAGGUGGCCAAGGCCAUGGAAGAGCACAAGCUCCAGGAUAGCUUCGACAAGGGCAGCGGAGUCAUUGUUUUGGACUAUGUCGAGUCUAACGACUGGAAAAUGGCCAAGGAGUUGAUCGACAAGAACUUCAAGUGA